UUAUGUUUUAAAUUCUGAAAUGGGAGAAGAAGGCCAUCUUGAAUUGCCCAUAAACUCGGAGGAUUCUUCAAUUAAAGAAGAUGAGGAGCUACGUAUGUUUCGGGGUGCACUAACUUUGGGAAAUUUAAUUGAUGCUCUUGAGGCUUACGAUGGAUCACCUGUUAUCUCUUUGCAUUCUGGUUUAAAUCGUCAGCUAUUUAUAUAUACAAGACCAGUCUUAACUGUUGCACGGCAAAACAAACAGUGGGUCUUAGAACCACCUUUUGAUCAUCCUCUUAGAAAUGUUCAAAUUGAUGAGGCUGUUGCAAGUUGUGAAGCAUCGGAACGAACACGAGUCGACAAUAAAAGGUUGGUGCUUAUACGCAGAGGACAGGCAGCACAAGCGGAUCGCCUGCGCCCGAAGGUAGCUGCACAUGUCGGACUCAGUAUCUACUUUACAGCUUAUUUUGCUAGUUGUCGUGAUUUAUUCGUACAAGUUUGUUUAAAAUUUCUAAUUAAAAGAUUUAUAAAAAUUUUAAUUCAGUGGCGCCCAGAUUCUACUGAAAAUCAGAAUGGACGUCAUGACGCCUAA